AUGGUGGCUGCUCCUGCGGUGGGUGGCGGGGAAGAGGAGGAUACUAUGGAGCUGAAGAAAUACGUGAAAUCGAGACUCCCUGGUGGUUUCCCAGCUCAGAAAAUCAUCAGCACUGGAGGCGUAAAUGCACCAUCACUCGUGUCGUCCUCUAGGAAGGCACCGAGAGAGUUAUCGGGCAUGUCUAAAGACGUUCAGGGAGAGCUUUGGUCACAUGGACCAACAAGGGGAGAAAGCAGGCAAAACGGAGCCCAAAGGAGCUCGAUCGAGUCACCUCAAGUCGAUCGACUCAGUCUCAGAGAUCGAUCGACUCAUCUUCACACCACAAGCUCGAUCGACCCCAUGCAAGCGAACCAGCUCGAUCGAUCCCGUUCGGUCUCAGCCGUCGAUCAACCCGUUCGUCUCAGCCGUUCGAUCCGUCCCACUCAGAUGAUAUCACAGCCGUUCGAUCUACUUGGUGCAAACCGACUCGAUCGAACCGUAGCGAACCGGAUUGAACCGAAGCUCGACCCCGAGCUAUUUAGACCUAUCUUUAGCCAUUGUUUAGGCUACGCCGUUUUUCAGAGUUUUUCACUGUUUCUGAGGGAGAAGAGAUCGAACCUCUGUUUUCACAGUUUGGAGAAGAUUUCUGUAUUUGAUUCAAUGACAUUCAUUUCAGUUAUUGUUUGCUGUUUCGCCAUGUCUGAGUAG